CCAUGCAAUCUAGCUCAGCUCACAGAGGAACACAUCUAGAUGGGCCUUGAAAGUCUCUAGAGAAGGAGAACUGUUUACAACCAGCGAGAAAGUCAGGACCAGUUUCAUGGUUGAACACUGAUUGGUUCUGCCUCAAAGAUGCCACUUCAGGUUGCUCUCCAUCACACCUCCAACAGCUCUUGCACUUUCUGCUGCCCCUUCCAAGCUGGCCCUUAGUGAUCCCUUGGGCAGUUGCCUUCCCACUGCCUCUGCACAGUGUUUGCCAAGGGAGGGUCUCUCCCUCAACCCAGGACCACAAAGUCUUUUGGGUGAAGAUGAGGGCUAUGUUUUUAAUUACCUUAUGCUGGUUUCUUAUCUCAGUAGGUAAACAGUACUAAUAAAACACUUCAGCAACAGCUUCUGCAGUACCAGGAGCUGCACAUUCCACAUGCUGUCGUUUGCUGUGCAUUAACAACUUGCAAAUCUGUCUCCUCCCAUCAACAGACUCUUGUUCGGGUGAUCACUUUGUGCCUCCCAUCAACAAACGCAUGGCUACCAAGACUGACGACUCGUGUGCUGAUGCCGUACCAGCGCGUCUAGGCUCCCGGCAAAGCACAGGCUUGCUCUGAGACGGGGACACUGAGGAGGAUUUGACUCAAGACACUUUCUCCCGCGGCAGCAGCACCACCCGCCCGUCCCAGGACCGACGGCUUUGGCAUGCGAGUCCGCAGCUCGCAACCGGGUUUGAGGUAUCCGAGUUGAGCGGUGGCACCGCCGCGGGCUUCGCCGUCCCGGAGAGGGCUCCGCAGCCAGUGCCGAUGCUGCCUCCUCCACCCGCCAGCCCCCGCCACACCACCAGGAGUCUCCAAGAUGGACACCACAGCAAAGAGCCCCCUGGCUGUUCCUCCACUUGGUUUUAGUCCGGACUCAAAUGCCACACUUGUGCCUUUCAACGAGACCGCCUGUGAAAACUGGAAAGAGAUCCAUCACCUUGUGUUCCACGUGGCAAACAUUUGCUUUGCAGCUGGCCUGGUUAUUCCAACCACCCUGAACCUUCACAUGAUUUUUCUGCGGGGGCUGCUGACCAUAGGGUGUGCAUUGUUCAUCAUUUGGGCUACGCUCUACCGCUGUGCCUUGGACAUCAUGAUCUGGAACUCUGUGUUUUUGGUGGUCAACCUCUUGCAUUUCAUCUACCUGGUGUACAAAAGAAGGCCAAUCAAGAUAGAGAAGGAACUGAGCAGCCUCUACAAGAGAAUGUUUGAACCUCUCCAUGUGCCUCCAGAGCUCUUCCAGAGACUAACUGGACAAUUCUGCAACAUUCAGACUUUAAAGCCAGGUCAAGCCUAUGCUGCAGAAGAUAAAACCUCAGUUGAUGAUAGGCUAAGCAUCCUCCUGAAGGGGAAAAUGAAGGUGUCUUAUUGAGGGCAUUUCCUGCACAAUAUCUACCCCUGUGCCUUUAUAGAUUCUCCUGAAUUCCGCUCCACACAGAUGAACCGGGGAGAGAAAUUCCAGGGAUGAGUCACCAUCAUUGCAGAUGAUAACUGCAAGUUCCUGUGCUGGUCCAGGGAAAGGCUGACCUAUUUCUUGGAAUCUGAGCCAUUCCUCUACGAGAUCUUUAAGUACCUGAUUGGCAAAGAUAUUACCAAUAAACUCUACUCAUUGAACGACCCAACCUUAAAUGACAAGGCUUCAAAAAAGACUGACCGGCAGCCCAGCCUUUGCUCGCAGCUCUCGGUGAUGCAGAUGAGGAACAGCACAGCCAGCACCAGUGACAGUGAGGAUGGCCUGCAGAUGUUCCUCCGUGGGACUUCCUCUGCUUCUUCUCUUCGCCCAGGUCGGACCUCUCCCUACCUGAGAACAUUGGCCAGAAUGAAGCCAAUAGAAGAAAGUGUUGAAGAUGAUGUCUUUGAAGCACCAUCUGCUGAUAAGCUUGAGCUCCAGCACCUGCCUUGAGCAGAUGUGCCCUCAGCUGUGUCAGAGCUUGCACACAGCUCCAGUGCAAGAGGCAGAAGAUGACUUUUGGGAGGAAUCUGAAAGCUGAAACCACUUCUCCGUGUCCAGCCUCACCACAGUGCACAUCAGUGGCUUCCAGAUGGAUUCAUUUUACUCCUGAGUACAAUAAAACAAAAACCUGCA